AUGUGUGGAGUUGAUACCAAACAUUUUGACCAUACAGAUUCUUCCUUUUUUGAUAUACAUGCAGUAAUUACUGAAAGUGACUAUUCUAAUGAAAAUAUAAAUUUACACACAUCUGAAAAACAAAAUGUAAAUUAUAAACAUGUGCAACAAGAUUACAACAGAUCAUGUAUAAUAUCAGUGGCCAUCCAAUUCAAGUCAAAAUGUCACUAUUCUAUGGGAUUAUGCAUUUGUGACACCCUAAAUUUCAGGUUUCAAAUUGCAGAAGCAUUAGAUAAUGAGCAUUUCACAGUUCUAGAAUCUGUAAUACUGCAGGUCAAUCCUGAAUCAUGUUUAAUAUCUGUUUCAAGUGACAUAAUAACAUUUAAACGCAUAGAUCAAAUACUCACAACUUGUAACGUAAAGAAGGUGUAUCAAGAUAAUUUGAUGGGACAAUGGAAUAUUUUUGAAAGAAGUUUCAGUCGUUUAUUAGUUUCACAAGGAAUGCUGGCGAGCUUAUGUAAGGAAUUUGAUAGUUAUUUAAUUCAAAUGAGUGUAUACAAGCUGGUUACCCAUCUAAACCUAACAAUGUCACCGUUUUACAACAACAAAUUCAGUCUUUCAGCAUACUACAUAGAAGAUUAUAUGUGUUUAGAUAAAGCUUCAUUUUCUGCUCUUAAUAUUUUUAAUAAAAACGGUCCGAGCCUAUACAACUUGUUAAAUAAUUGUAGAACACUAAUUGGUUCAAGACGCUUAUAUCGGUGGAUUUCGCAACCUCUAACAUCUAUAAAGGAAAUUUCGCAGCGACAUGAUGUCGUGGAAUCAUUUGCUAAUGAUCCGUGUUGUUGCCGUCUAAUUCAAGCACAGUUCCUAAGAAAAGUGCCAGACCUUGACUCUAUAAUUGUUAAGAUGAAAUUGAUGGAUUCUGAUGAGAUCAUUGUUAGGAAAAAUUCUAGCCAAUUGCUAUCAUUUGAAGAUGUGUAUAGAUUGUAUGAGUGUAUUGGAGCAACAGAACAUUUAUUAAAUUGCAUACUUGUAAACUAUAUUGGUGAUCAUAAAGAGGUCAUUGAAAGUUAUUUUACAAACCCCUUAAUUGAAAUCGUUGGUAGAUUUAAGCAAUAUCAAUUGUUAGUUGAACAAACUGUGGAUUUCACCCAAGCUGCAAUGGGGAAUUAUGUAUUAAAUCCAAUGCUCCACCCUGAUUUACAUGACAUUGAAGUUAAAAGGAAAUGCGCGUAUGAUCAUAUAGUUUAUUUAAAAAAUAAAAUGAUCAAAGAGUUAUUCCCGGAACAAAUAAAGGCUAAUAUUUGUAAUGAUAAACAUACAGAUGAUAUUAUUAAAUUGAUAAAUUGCAAUGAUUAUAUAUAUCUAUUUAGGGUGAAGAAAAAGGAUUAUCCGAUAAUUCAAAGUAAAAUGGAGAAGAGUGGUAUUGAACAAGUUAAGCAUAAUAAAACAGAAUUUCUAUUUACAACAGAAGCCCUACGGAAUUUGUGCAAAGAUGUUUCAAAACUAACCAACCAACAUGAUAUGAUACAGAAGGAAAUUUCUAUUAAAGCACUAAAAGUGGCAUCGUCUUACUGGAUAUUAGUAGAGAGAUUUAGUGGCAUAAUUUCCAAGCUAGAUAUAUUAUUGGGGUUUGCAACAUUAGUAACAACCUCAGUUGGCAGAUAUGUUCGUCCUAAUAUGGUUUCCGGUGGAAUCAUAGAUCUGGUGCAAUCAAGGCAUCCAUUAGUAGAAAUUAAUAUAGAUCAUGGAUCAUUUGUUUCAAACGACAUUAGGAUUGACAGGGAUAGAAGAGUUCAUAUUAUUACUGGGCCCAACAUGGGAGGGAAAUCCACUCUGAUUAGACAAAUUGGAUUAAUUUGUUGUAUGGCUCAGAUAGGAUCAUUCGUACCCUGCAAUAGAGCCACCUUAUCUGUGUUCAAAAAGGUACUAUGUCGAGUAGGGGCAUCUGAUAUUCAACAGAGGGGAUUGUCAACAUUCAUGGCAGAAAUGGUGGAAGCAUCUGCGAUCCUAAAGGUGGCAGAUAGAGAUUCUUUGGUUAUUAUUGAUGAAUUGGGUAGAGGUACUUCUACCUUUGAGGGGUUCGGCAUUGCAUGGGGGAUUCUAGAUCAUUUGAUCAAAAAUGAAGCAUUUGUUCUAUGUGCAACUCAUUUCCAUGAAUUAAGUAAUCUUUCUAACAAAAAGAAAUGUGUAAUAAACAAAAAUAUGGGCGUUACCAAUAUGUCAAACACAACCACAAUCAUCACCUUCACAUACAAUGUUUGUGAGGGUUCAUCAAAUUUAUCAUAUGGGAUUAAUAUCGCAGAGAUGGUUAAAAUGCCACAGGAGGUUGUUGACAACGCAAGAAUUAAAUUGGCAAUGCUGGAAGGCGGCACUAAUAUCUUAAAUGAAGGCUUUAAAACUCAAGAUUUUUCCGCUUUCUGUGGGUUUAUAUCACAUGUUUCAAUUUUUAAUACUUUAAAAUGA